AGUGUACAGACCGUGUAUAUAUCCGACGCUGAGAUGAAUUUAGCGGCAAUAAAGUUCUGGGGAGGACUCAAGGUAUUGACGUACAGUUUCUUCCUGUGGUACUGUCUCCAAAAAGAUGCAGCAAAAAGAGUUAAAUCGUUAAAGUUUGUUUUCAUUUCUUUAUUGCAAUCAGGAUUCUCGCUUUAUUUACUUCGUAGCUUUAAGCUGUGCCAGAGCUCGAAAUUCCGUAGAUGUUAAAAAGAAAAUGGUUAUAUAACUUCCCUUAAGUGAAAAAAAAACUAAGUGGUUUUAAACUACCGUUCUUUUGGCAUAAUUAUGUAUGGGGGGCGAUUAAAGUCAGCCACUCUUAAGCCCACCUAACCACACUACCGUAUCCUUCCCACACAAAAAGGCUCCUGUCUGAGGUAUAAUAGAUAAAUGAACAAAUAAUGCUGAAUCUUCUCGCUUAUACCACGGUACAUUUUUUUCCACAGGCGGUGGCUGUUGACGAUCUAGUCAAGCCUCGCAAAUUCAUCUGUUUCAGCAACCUAACCGUCAGAUCAGAUGAUCGGGUUCAGUGCCCGUCCUUGUCAUUUGGUGAACUGUCGUGCCUAACUUUUAAACCACGAGAACCGCACUUGCGUGCUGCAUUGGACAAUCUACAGCAUAAGAUACCGGUUCGUACAUUAUUUCUAUUUUCCACAGUUUGUGGAACUUCACUCUGCAUCAAUUUCAGCCUGGCUUAACCAUUGCAUAGCGUUAACUUAUGCUCUGCAAUUGAAAAUGAAUGAAUGCAAAAUAAUAUACAGUCAGAAGCUGUAGGAAAUCAUUGAGUUAGUUACGUGUUGUAGAGGCCAUAUCGUUCAGCCGCCCCCUACAUCUCUACCCGCCCCUCCCGCUAAAAUGUUUUUCUUCAGUAACUUGCUUAAGGAGAGAGAUAGCUUAACCCUCUAAGCCUCAAUAUCCACAUGCAAAUUCUCCAGUCUGAUCUCCAUACAUUUCUUUUAAGAACUAGUUGAGAGAAUUUGAUAACAGAUCAAAGUAUUUUCUCCUUGAUCAUAACCUUUUCUCUUGAUCAUAAUUAGUAGAGGAGACUAGUUAGGAAACCCGGCAAACAUCAAAGUUGAAAACAAUGGUGCUGUAGGUUAUGUUGGAAGCUCCUUGACCGUGCACAAUCCUUUGUUUUCUAGAAGUUCACAAUAAGUGACUGAAUAAAUUAAUACAAUGUUUCUAUUGGUGAAUAACGUAAAAAUGAUAGGAAUGCUAUUGAACGUUGUGCACGGUCAGAUCCAAAAAAACUAACAAAAACCAGUAACAAAGGGUUUCCCAACCAUUCCACUUUAAUUAACCAUCUUGAUGAUGUAUGAAACAUGUCGGGAGAAAUCUGAUGUUUGUCACUCUUGGGACUUUUAGGCUUAAUUUACUCUUUUGCUUCGACCGUUUCAGGAUUUAAAUCUCUUCAUGGCCAAUGUUCAGGGGACGUUAACGACUAUUUUGCGCCCGCAACGCAUGUCUCCAUCAGCGGAUGUACAAGUUACUACCGUGCGCAUGUAUGGAGAAGCAACACUUAUGUGUUCUUCCGAGAUGGAGCAUGCAAACCAUGUGACGAGGAAACCCUCUGAUGCCUUAAAUCCGUCACAUCAUAACAAAAACGUAAGCACUUCCUAA